UUUCCUUUAAAGCAAAAAAAAAAAAAAAACUGAAGCUUAGCCUCGUUGUCUCGUAGUUCGUGCUCUCGGGUACACAGAUCCAAAUUAUUCCUUCGUCAAACACCCUUUCUACGUUCUUCUCACGGCCAAAAUUUUAAACAGCGAUGUCGGGAAAUGCUGAAUUGCGGCGGUUGGUGAUGUUCCAGGCGGUGCUAUUAGUGGUAUUGAUGUUAGCUUUGAGUAAUGCUCCGGUCGGUGACGCCAUAUGGUUGAACGUUCCUCCGACUGGCACUAAGUGUGUUUCGGAGGAAAUCCAGAGCAACGUCGUCGUUUUGUCUGACUACGUCGUUGUUUCCGACGAUCACGGUCACGUCCCUACCAUUUCGGCCAAGGUGACAUCCCCUUAUGGGAACAAUCUUCAUCACAAGGAGAAUGUGACACACGGUCAAUUCGCAUUCACUACUCAGGAGGCUGGCAAUUACUUAGCAUGUUUCUGGACAGACAGCCAUACUCGUGGGGCCGGAGAAGUUAGUGUCAACAUUGAAUGGAAAACUGGUAUUGCAGCUAAAGACUGGGAGUCAGUGGCCAGAAAAGAAAAAAUUGAGGGUGUUGAGCUGGAGCUGAGGAAACUUGAAGGAGCGGUGGAGGCCAUUCACGAGAAUUUACUCUAUCUGAGGGACAGAGAAGCAGAAAUGAGGACAACGAGUGAAAACACAAACUCUAGAGUCGCGUGGUUCAGUAUCAUGUCUUUGGGUAUUUGCAUCGUGGUGUCAGGUUCACAAAUUUGGUACUUGAAGCGUUACUUCCAAAAGAAGAAGCUUAUCUAAAGUCCUAAACUCGCUGAUUGGUAGACAAGAAAAUUCGGAAACUUGUUUUCUUUUUCUUUUUCAUGUAUGUUUUACAGAGGAAAGUUUUGAUACCCCAUUCAGAGGGUAUUGUUAACAUUUACCAUACUAAGAGAACUGUUUUAGUUUCUUGACACUUAA